CCUCGCUUGCACUCUUUUGACGAAAGUAAAGGCAGCACUCAUCCGACUCACAGAAUGAACUCCACCCUGAACUCUGAGAAUGCCUCCACUCUUGAGAACGCCAUGCAGCUGAUGAUCCAAACCUUCCACAAAUAUUCUGGCAAUGAAGGGGACAAGUACACACUCAGCAAGGCGGAACUCAAAGAGAUGCUGACACAGGAGCUGGGCAACUAUCUCGGGAAUGCUCAAGACAAGGAUGCUGUGGACAAGGUGAUGGGUGACCUGGAUGCCAACAACGAUGGCGAAGUGGACUUCACAGAGUUCAUUAUCUUGGUGGGGGCACUCACCGUAGCCUGCAACGACUUCUUCCUGGAGUACCAUCAGGACGAAAACAAGAAGUCGGCCAAGACAGACUAGGUACCAUCCUAUCUCUCUGAACUCAAGCCAACAAAUGACCACUGAAUGACAGAGGGUGACGGGAUGAGAAAUGAGGGGAGAUGAAGGGGAGGUGGGGGAUAUGCAUGUGUACGAUCCUUACCCACGUACGAGUAAGGCGUAACACCAUACACUUGUCCAUGGCUGGGAAAAACACACCACAGGUCGUGGCGACCUGCUUUGACCCCCCCACAAAUAAAUUCUUGAGUGAAAAGUUAGGGAGUGAGAUCCAGUUCAAUGAUGGUCAUUGUUGAAUAUGUGAAUAUUGUCACUUCCCUUUCUCUCUUUUGUUUUUUAAAACCUUUUUUGUGUCUGAUCAUUGCAAGAACAUUCUUCAACAUUAUAAUAAAUUUCAACUUUUAAAGACUAAA